AAACUCUUCGUUUGGUGCAUUGUGUCGUGUUUCCCCUCCCCUCUUCGCGUCCUCCAUUGUAUUCGUGUGUGUAUAUGUAUACACGCACGCACAGAGGGAUUGUAAGCAAAGCGAGAUAGCAAGCAAUCAGGCAGGCAGAUCACUUGGUUUGGUGUGCGCUGCAAUUGUUUGACCGCAAUCUCUGCUGUCCCGCAAUCUAGCGCCCUUCGUCGAUUUCCUCUCUAUCUUCCUUCCUCCUCCGAUCUCUCGCUUUUCCCUUCAAAUUAUCUGCAUUCCUGUUCUUCCAGUCGCUUCGCGAUUUGUUCCCCCUUCUCAAUUAGGUUUUGUCGAGAUCGUUCAUGACGAUUCCCGAUUUAGGUUAUAUGAUGGAGAAUGGAGCAAUCGGAAUACCCUUCACGCCGGAGGAAGAAAGGCGCAUCGUCACUGACUUAACUAACAAAGCCGAGUCUAACUUGAAAGAAGGCGACUUGUACUACGUCGUUUCCAGUAGGUGGUUUACAAGUUGGCAGAGAUAUACCGGGCAAGAUGCAGGCGCUUAUUUAUUUGAUCAAUGUUCUACUGAUUCUGGUUCUUUAGUUUUGUCAAAGACAAUGGAUAGACCUGGACCAAUUGAUAACUCUGAUAUAGUUUUAAAUGGAAAUGACUCUGAGGGUGAUGACUUGGAACUUCGUAGAACAUUGGAAGAAAGAUGUGAUUAUGUUUUAGUUCCUCAACAAGUUUGGGAGAAGCUUUUUGAGUGGUACAAAGGAGGGCCAGCAUUACCGAGGAGAUUGAUUUCGCAGGGUGAUGUUAAUAAGCAGUUCAAUGUGGAGGUUUACCCUCUGCGUUUUAAGUUAAUUGAUUCUAGAGACAGCAGCCAAUUGGUUAUCAGGUUUAGUAAAAAGGCAUCCUUGCAUGACCUUUAUGAGAAAGUGUGUGCACUUAAAGGGAUGCAGCUGGAGACGGCACGAAUCUGGGACUAUUUUAAUGGACAGAAACAGACAAUGCUGAAGGAUUCAAAUCAGACCCUUGAGCAAUCUGACCUACAGAUGGAUCAAGAUAUCCUUUUGGAGGUCCAGGCUAAUAAAUUUUGGCCCUCUGGAUUUGGCAUGGAUUCAACAGGAAAUGAAUUGGCUUUGGUUCCAAUAGAGCCCUCAAGAUCAUCUUUGACAAUUGCAGGAGGCCCAACUUUGUCCAAUGGUCAUUCUACAAGUUAUAGCUCCAGUUUUCAAGGAAAUACUUUACGUUCAGGUUUUUCAGAUGUACAAGAUGGCUUUGAUAAUUCAAGGACUGCCAUGAAAGCAGAUAGGGGAGGUUUUGCGGGCUUGCAGAAUUUGGGGAAUACUUGUUUUAUGAAUAGUUCUAUUCAGUGUCUUGUCCAUACACCUCCCCUUGUUAAGUACUUCUUGCAGGAUUACACAGAUGAAAUUAACAGGCAGAAUCCUUUAGGAUUACAUGGUGAGCUUGCUCUUGCAUUUGGUGAAUUAUUGAGAAAACUCUGGUCUUCUGGACGGACACCAAUUGCACCCCGUGCAUUUAAGGGAAAACUUGCUCGAUUUGCUCCCCAGUUUAGUGGGUUCAACCAGCAUGAUUCUCAAGAACUCCUUGCCUUUUUGCUGGAUGGACUGCAUGAAGAUUUGAAUCGUGUCAAGCAAAAGCCCUAUAUUGAAACCAAGGAUUAUGAUGGUUGCCCUGAUGAGGAGGUUGCUGAUGAGUGUUGGAGAUAUCAUAGGGCUCGGAAUGACUCUAUAAUUGUGGAUGUUUGUCAAGGCCAAUACAAAUCAACACUGGUUUGUCCGGUUUGCAGCAAGAUCUCCAUAACAUUUGAUCCUUUCAUGUAUUUAUCCUUGCCACUACCUUCUAUGGCCACUCGCACAAUGACAGUAACUGUAUUUUAUGGUGAUGGCACUUGUCUUCCAAUGCCAUACACAGUGACUGUCCUAAAACAUGGUUGCUGCAGAGAUCUGAGUCAAGCCUUGGUUACUGCAUGUUGUUUAAGGAAUGAAGAAACCUUGUUGCUUGCAGAGGUUUAUGAACAUCAAAUAUAUCGGUAUUUAGAUAGUCCUUUCGAACAAUUGCUCUCUAUAAAAGAUGAUGAACACAUUGUCGCCUACAGACUUCCCAAAAAGCAUGUGGAAUUGACAAGACUCGAGAUAUGUCAUAGAUACAUUGAAAAAUGUUUUUCGGACAAUUUGAAGGGCUAUGAGAGGAAACUUUUCUUGACACCACUUGUUACCUAUCUGGAGGACCCUAAAACUGGAGCUGACAUUGAUCUUGCUGUUAGCAGGGUGUUGUCUCCAUUGACAAGGAAAACUUAUUCUAGGGAAACUAAUGAUCUUAGGGGCAAUGAAAAUGGUUCUUCUUCAGGAGAUAUUGAUGUGGCAACAAACAGCUGCAGUAGUCAUUCUGAACUUGGAAACCAAGCUAUGGAUGCAGCACCAGAAGAAGUUUCCUACAGGGAGUUGCACUUUAAUCUCUGCAUAACAGAUGAGAGGGGUUUGACCUGCAGACCAAUUCACAAGGACUCCUUCAUAAAAACUGGUCAACCGAUUAAGGUUAUGCUUGAUUGGAGUGAUAAAGAUCAUGAAUUAUAUGAUUCCAGCUACCUGAAGGAUCUUCCUGAGGUUCACAAGACUGGACUUCCAGUCAAGAAAACAUGCCAAGAAGCAGUCUCAUUGUUUUCAUGCUUGGAUGCAUUUUUAAAGGAGGAACCAUUAGGGCCUGAUGAUAUGUGGUAUUGCCCUCGUUGCAAGGAACACAGGCAAGCCACAAAGAAGCUGGACUUGUGGAGGUUGCCAGAUAUACUAGUCUUCCACUUAAAAAGGUUCUCUUACAGCCGAUACCUGAAGAACAAACUUGAUACCUUUGUGAAUUUCCCGAUUCAUAAUCUUGAUCUAAGGAAGUAUGUGAAAUCUGAUGAUGUAUUUGGACGAUCUCAUGUAUAUGAGCUCUAUGCUGUCAGUAACCACUAUGGUGGUCUUGGUGGUGGGCAUUAUUCGGCCUUUGCUAAGCUAAUUGAUGAGAACAGAUGGUAUCAUUUUGAUGAUGCCCAUGUAUCGCCAAUUACUGAAGGCGAUGUCAAGACUUCUGCUGCUUAUGUGUUGUUCUACCGAAGAGUUAAAGCUGAACCACAAGAUGGAUUGGGAGAACCGUCCCAGCCUUAAGUGACUUCUUCUUCUUCUUGUUGAAAGCCAUGUUUGGGUUGUGCGCAUUUAGGUUUAGCCCUUUUAAUGGCGCGCUUGGGGCCUGUGUAUUCUCAUUGGAAUGAUGAGCCAAUAGAUGAACUCUCUUAUCAACUGCACGGUUAUUUUGCUGAAAAGGAAACCAAAACUGGUGGGUCUGAUCUGCUGGAAGAUAUAAGAAGGGUGGGGUUUUGUCGACGACAUAAUUGCAGUGUCUGCAUUUCGAUGGAUUGUGCCUGCGGUAAGAAAUUCAGGAGAGCAAAAAGGACCAUCUUUAUUUUUAUAGAGGAUAAAUUAUAGUUUGUAGAAAGGAAUUUUGGAUGGGUCUGUCUGCAUUACACCACUGCUGUGAUUCUGAUGAUAUAUAUAUAUAUAUAUAUAAUAUACACACGCGCGCAUACAUGCGUGAUAUAUAGUCUGUUAGGGGACCCUGCACGUACGGUUAUCCUUGUUCUGAAGCUUUCUGGGUCGGAGGCCUGUUAUUAGUUUAAGAGUCUCAUUUGUUCAUGUGCUAAGGAGGAACUCUUUGCCUA